UUAUGUAUGUACACUGUAUAGCAGCUCUGGAACUUCAAGUUCAUUCUUUCCUUUUUGUUUCAACUGACAACAGCUUUAGAUCAGCACAUCUAAGGAUGCCUGGACGGAGGAAGUGGUACGUCUGGGACUGUUGCCGUCGACUGCCACAGCAUGGCCCUGACAGUGUCCACAGUUGGCUUGUGGCCGGAGCAUGUGCCAUGUCAUCGUUCUUCGCACUGGCUGGGUGGCGUUCCAUGGGAUUGCUAUUCGUCGCUAUGCUCGAGACUUUCCGCGUCACCAGGGUGGAAGCUUCAUGGCCCAUAGUGGUGCUAGGUGCCCUAGGCUACAUGGCAGGCUUGAUUACGGGACCCCUGGCGCACAGUUUCGACGCUAGCCGAGUCAUGAUUGCGGGCGCUGCGAUGUCAAGCAUCGGCCUUAUGUUGAGUUUUUUUGCCACAACAACUGGUUUUCUGACUUUUUCACUGGGUGUAGUGCAUGCCAUUGGAACGGGCAUGGUGUACAUAGUGGCCCCCACCAUAAUCAGCGAGCACUUUGUCAAGAACAAGGGCCUAGCGAUGGGACUCAACUACGCCGGCGUCACCGCAGCUCUUUUUGUGUUUCCUAAGCUGUUUGAGUACCUCAUCACUGCAUAUGGACUUCGUGGUGCUCUUCUUAUCAGCGGUGCUAUCACCAUGAAUGGAUUUGCGUUUAGCUUAUUCUCCCGCACACCUCAUUGGCGCAAAUCUGUGGUAAAGGACAUUGAAAACUUCGCUGGUUUGACCACCAAAAGCAUAGAGAGUCAAACGCACAACAAGCUACGUAAUUUAUUCGCAGUGUUCAAGAGCCCAAUGUUUUUUCUUUUGAUGUACAGCUUCAACGCUUACGCUAUGUCGUAUGAUUUUUACAUGUCGUUGUUCGUCGACUUUGCCUGUGAUAGAGGGGUACUGAUAUCGACUGCUGUUACCGUAAUGGCAGCAGGAGCAGUCUCCGAGGGUUUCGGCAGGUUCAUGUUGCCGAUCGCCGUCGACCGAAAUCUUUUGAAAAGCAGCGUGGCCCUUACGAUCACACUGUGUGUGGAGGCGUUCGCCUUCCUGCUUCUACCUUUCCUGAACAGUCACGAACUCAUCUUCACCGUAGCCAUUGGAAUUGGCUUCGUCAUCGGCACUGGUAUUGUCAUUUUCCCGGCGACUCUGGAAUACUAUUUCGGCCAUGAGAAGAUGUCAGUGGCCUUCGGCAUUGUCGUCGCGUCGGCUGGACUUCAAUCAUUUCUGCGGCCUUCGUUGAUAGGCUACUUCAGGGACGAAGGUGGCGCCUAUGACUGGCUCUUCGUCAUCUGCGGAAUGGUCAACGUGGUCGCAGUUGCUCUUUGGAUAGCUGUGCUUGGACGGGAGUGCUGCAGGAAAGACAGGAGCAUAUUGAACUCACGUCUGGUGCAGGCUUUCUUGCACAAUCUUGCUGGCAUUGUAGCUCACGAAUAUUGCACACGGGACUGUGAGUACGUUGAUCUUUCCGAAGUAGAACUGGCCUUUGGGAGCUUCCUCGUACCUCGUGACUGUUCCCGAGACCUAAUCCUGGAGGUCAACCUUUUACGGGACCAGGGCGCUAUUAUGGAUCUUCAAGAGCGUACCGCGACAUUUUCGAUAGCUGGAUGCCCCGACAAAUCUAACGACAUCUGUGACAGCAAGUUUCGUGUUUCUGCCGACAGCAUCACAUUGCCUCAACGUUCAAGCAUCCUUGCUGAUGUGCUGUCCGACAAGUUACAGGAUG